CCCGCCCCGCCAAAAUCCCACCCAGUCAAGAAACCCCUCCUCCGAAACCGCCACCCUUCGAGAAUCCUCGAAUCCCAGCGGCGGCAGAUAAUCACCCACCCUAAUCCGCCGCUAAUCACAUUCCCCACCAACCUUAAAACACUCCUCUUCUUCCCCGACCCCCGCGCCUCCUCUCAAUCUGAAAUUCUCCACCCAACCCUAGCCGUCGAGGCAUCCCGCCCUCCCGCCGUCAUGGCCGAUUCCGGCGACUCGUCCCCGCACUCCGCCGCGGCCACCGACGAGGCGCACCACGAGGGGUCGGAGGCGGCCGCGGCGGCGGCGCCGCCGCCGGCGAAGGUGCGGCUGAUGGUGAGCUACGGAGGGCGCAUCCAGCCGCGGCCCCACGACAACCAGCUCGCGUACGUCAACGGGGAGACGAAAAUCCUGUCGCUCGAGAGGCCGCCCCGCUUCGCCGACUUCGCCGCCCGCCUCGCCGCGCUCGCGGCGAACCCGGCGGGCGUGCGCGUCAAGUACCAGCUCCCUGGGGAGGAUCUCGACGCGCUCGUCUCCGUCACCAACGACGAGGAUCUGGAGCACCUAGUCCUCGAGUACGACCGCCUUCACCUGCUCCGCCCCUCGCCGGGUUCCGGUGGCGGCUCCUCCCGCGGAUCCACGCUCAGGUUGAGGGUCUUCCUCUUCCCCGUCCAGUCGCCGCCGCCGCCAGCAGGACUCCUCGAACCCAAGCCGGAGCGCCACUGGUUCGUGGAGGCUCUCAACAACGUUCCGCAGCCGAAGCAAGAGACGAUGCCCGUGCACCAAUCGCCGCCGCAGCAGAAGCAGGAGGCGGUGUUCGCGCAGCAGCCGUCGCCGCCGCAGGCGAAGCAGGAGACGGUGUUCGUGCAGCAGCCGCCACAGCCGACGGUGGUGCAGAUGCCGGCUCCUCCGCCGCCCAUGGGGCUAGCGCCGACUGGCCCCGACUACCUGUUCGGCCUCGACAACGGCUUCGUGCCUCCCCCGGCGGUGAAAGUGAAGGACCCGGCGGGCGACGUCGCAGUCUCCGUCGAGAUACCAGCCAGAAAUGACGACCGUCAUCCCAACCCCUCAGGCGACCACGUCGCUGUCUCCCCUGUCGUCUCACCCGCCGAGUUUCAGCGCCAGAUCCAGGAGCUCGAGAAGCUGCAAGUCGCCGAGAACGCCACCCACCAACCACAACUAGCGCCUGCCCCGGCCGCCGCCCUCCCAAGGAACGGCAGCGACGACUCCCUGACCCACGCCCACCCUCCCGCCAACGCCACCCCGACCGCCAACACGGAGUAUUACCUUCCGAAGUUCCCGGAGAAGCCCCCUGUCCCGCCGCCAUCAUCCGCUCCGUCUGCGACGGCCUACCUGCCGAUGCCGGGCAGGUAUACAUCCGUCGCUCCUGGUUCCGGUGUGGACCAUGCCCCACUCUUCUUCAUCCCGGCGCCCCAUGGUUACUUCGCCGCCACCGCCUCCCCAGGUGCGACCUCCUUCCCCGCCGUCUACGCCGUCGCACCACCCAAUGCCAACGCCAACGCCAACGGUUCCAACCCUUCACCCGGCGUGUCGGAUGCUACGGCCUACGCCCCAGCCCGGCAGGUUGCGUAUGACAGCAAUGGCCGCGCCAUCUACUACACCAGCGUGCUCCCCCAUUAUCCUUCUGCUGUCAAUGGCAUGUCAGCGGCAGGUACAGUACUCGGCGCAGAGCCCACGAAGCCGGUGGCUGUAAAGCCGACCGUCUCCUGAUCACCUGCUUACCUCGCCUGCCUAUGGUCAAAGGAGUUUUCCAAUUUUUCUUUCGUCCGUCAAUAUGCGUUAGUAUGGAUUCGUUGUUGUCUCUAGUAUUUGCCUAUAUUCUUUUCCUUUCCUUCUUUUGUUAAUUGUCUAGAGUUUUGGUUUGGCGUUCAGGGUUCAUGAUAUGCAACUAUUGCUAGUUCUAUGUGUGCUUAGAUGUACAUAGAGAGUCAGUAUGUGGACAUAAUGGAUAUUUUGUAUUAGCCUAUUGGAGAGUUCAGUUCUUUAACAAUCUUGAGGCGUUGCUGCUA